UCUCCUUCCAGCUGGUCGACCUGGGGGAGCCGCCCUACAGCCAUGCGAGCUCCCCAGGAUGCCGCCCACAGGAGGAAGCGUGUAUGGGGGUCCUGGGAGAGUCGUGCGGCCUUCGAGGGGCGUGCAUGGGCGGCCUGAAGAGCCCAAGGUGCGAAUGCGAGCCUGGCUGGACUGGCGACGGAUGCUCUACGCCCACGGUGCCGGCGCUCCUCGGGGCGUCGUCGUACAUGAAGGUGGCGCUGUCCUUCACGCCCACGACGCCGCCCGAGGGAGAGGGGAGGGCGGUGGGCGUGCAGCUGCGGGUGAGGACGAGGGGCGCCAGGGACGGCCUCCUGAUCCAGCUGUCCUCGCACCAUCGACGCGCCACCUUCUCUCUCCACGUGAGUGUGAUGCCCCGAGAACCCUUAGUGAAAGCGUGUGUCGAAGACAUAAGAGUAUCUGGCCGCCCCCUGCCUCUCCCCCCGGCGGUCAACGGCACUAGAUGGGGUCAAGUGACGACCUUAGAGCAUCUGGAGAAGGGCUGUGACCCUCCCGACCCCUGCCUGAGGACCAACUGCAACCCUCCGCUGAGCUGCCAUGCCAACUGGGACCGCGCCACCUGUAGCUGCGGUCCGGGCAGGCAACUAGUAGGACGCACGUGCGAAGACGUGGACGAGUGCACGUGGCAGCCGUGCCUUCACGGGGGUACGUGCGAGAAUCGGCAGCCAGGGUACGUAUGCACGUGCGGCCCGGACCACGUCGGGGAGCAGUGCCAGUGGGCCAAGCUGCCGCCCCCCCACGCCGCGGGCGGGCACCCCCUCACCGCGCCGGCUGCCGUGGUGGCCCUCACCGUGUCGGUCCUCAUACUAGUGGUGCUCGGCGUGGUGUUCACCAUCCGCCUCCACCGCCGGCGCUCCUCCCGAGGGUGGGCGGGCGAGGGCGGCGGAAACGGCGAAGGAAGACUGAAGGUGGUGAAGGUGGAGGCGGGCGACAAAGGGAGGAAGAAGAAGAGGAAAAAGAUUCUGAGCCAGCGCUCGUCCAGGACAAGCGGCAAGGGAAGACUGAAGAAAAACCAGGACGAAGCAGGAGAUAAAGAAGAGGAAGACGACGAGGAGGAGGAGGAAGAGGAAGAAAAAGCGGCGGGGAGGGAGAGACAAGAAGCCUGUGGACUGACAACGGGUUUGGCGGCUGCGGCGGCCGUUAAGGGAGACGCGGCCCACCAAACAUUUUUGGAACUUCUGAGGCUAAAAGUCCCGGCGGCGGAGGCGGGGCUUCAGAAAACAGACACGGACGACGGAGCAAGCUUGCCUGUCCCCUCCUGCCUCUUGGGGCGGGACGCGGGCCAGCAUCAGCACCACCUGGCGAGCGCAGACGACCAUAAUCACGACAGAUGCAGGUCGUCCUCUUCCAGUCUCCAAACCUCAGUGUUAUCGAGCGAAGGGAGCGACCCAGUGAAGAUCUUCGGAGGUAGUGCAGCUUCUCACUUCCUUCCGGGCUGUCUGGGGGCCAUGGAUUUACUGCGGAACCUUCCAGAGGGCGUUACCACAACCACCUGGCCCACCAAAUGCCCCGAGCACCAACUUAGGAGAUCCACUACAUGUCCCAUCGCCCUCCAGUGUCCAGGGAGCCAUGGGUUGCCUCGUUCUAACCCGAUAGAUGGCAGCACCUGUUCCACCUCGAUCGCAAGACCAGUAGAAAGUAGCUGCUCGAGUUUGCGCAAACGGCCGAAAGGUGACAGCACUCGAGGCUUCUACAAACAGUCAACAGAGGGCAGCACUUGUGGUGUGUUAGCCACAAAAACAGAUGGCAGCACCUCUGUGAACUUACAAGAAAACAACCCGAGUGAGAUACGUAGUUUGAAUAGCCAACCGACGGGAGGCAUCAUCACUCCCAUUCCCAGUUCAGUUAUAGUGUCGGGUGCAAGCAGUGCGACUUCAAUCACCACUUGUUAAUCUAGAAAAAAGUGAAAACUAAGAAACACUUUUCUAAAUAUUUUAAGAAAACUCUGGAAUGUUUAAUCAUCAUGACACUGACCCCUUUUUAUCUCGCUCUCCUUUAUGGCCCAAAAUGUCGUGAAUCCGCCAGUUUACUCAAGCUGCGAGAUCACUUAGACUUGGCUGGGGGCAACAAAGUGUUAUCCUCGUGCAACAGCUGCUUUAACCGCGGCAGUGAUGGGCGAAAAGCAGCUUUAUGCUUGCCAGAUGUGACCGGUACUGGCAAGGGAAAAUUGAAGUGUUUUGCUUGUCACAACGCUGGGAGUGUACUAGAGUGAGGGGAGUGAUGAAAGAGAGAGAGAGAGAAGAGAGAAUGAGAGAGAGAGAGAUUUAAGUGAGACUUGAACAGAUGGUAAUGCAAAAACUAACCAUAGAUUAUUGAAUUACGAACUCUCUAUGUGAAUA